GAAUUAACCGGGCAGCAAAAAAACCUAUCUUAAAAGGGGUCUAAAGGAGCUAUAGUACUCCUUUCAUGCUUUCCAACUGCUCAUUUUCUUUUCUAGUAGCCAAAAUCUCUCAAUUCUGCAACAAUGACUGAUGCUGUGAUCUCUGCUCUUAUCGAUCAAUUGAUUUCAUUCACAAGUGAACACGUAAAAAAGGCGAAACUGGUAUUGGGAGUUGAUGAUGAAGUUAAGAGCCUCCAACGAAAUCUGGUGGCCAUUAGAAGGGUUCUUAUGGAUGCUGAAAUGAGACAACUGAAGGAAGAUGAUGUGAAACUCUGGCUGGAUGAUCUAAAAGAUGUGUCAUACGACAUGGAUUCUGUGCUAGAUGAGUGGAACACUACCAUUCUUAAGUCAGAAUUUUACCAAGGAGAAAAUGGGGCUGAAACUAGUAGUACUACUACUACUAAUGCUACUCACAAGACUAAAACCAAGGUCUGGCCUUCUUUUCUCUUUUCUUGUUUUCAUUGUAGCAAACUAAGUCCUCAAGUGAUCACUCAUCGCCUUGCUAUUGCUAAUGAGAUUCAAAGCCUAAAUGCAAAACUACAUGAAAUCACCUUAUCAAAGGACAGGUUUGAUUUUAGGAGAACAAGUGGCAGUACUUUUGAACUUAUUAAGUGGCCAGAUUACACCACCUCUUUCCUUGAUGUGCCUGUGGUUUAUGGUCAAGACCACUAUAAGGAAAUUCUGAUUCGUCGAUUAAAGCUAAUGGGGAGUGACCAAGACAGUGACCAAGACGACAUGAAGGAACCCAAAUUCAUCCCCAUUGUUGGAAUGGGAGGAAUUGGAAAGACUACUCUAGCCAGAAAUGCUUAUAAUGAUGCUAAGGUUAAGGCCAUUUUUAAGGACUACAUGAUUUGGGUUUGUGUUUCGAACCAAUUUGACAUUGCUAGGAUUGCCAAAGAAAUUAUUGAACAACUCACUUGUCAAACCCCAACCGUCAUUGGAUUAGAAUCAUUAAUGAAAGAAUUUCGAGAAUCUAUUAAAGGCAAGAAGUUUCUACUUGUACUGGAUGAUGUGUGGACUACUGACUACAGCAAGUGGCUUUCACUAGAACAAAUUUUAAAGCUUAGUGCUGUUGGAAGUAGAGUUGUGGUGACCACGAGAAAUGAGCAAGUGGCCAAAAUGAUUGGAGACACAAAUAAGAUUUGCUUGAAUAAAUUGACGGAAGAAGAUUGUUGGUUGUUGUUAAGAGAGAUAGCACUUUCCAAUAGAACUGAACAAGCUCGAGAAGAUUUUGAUGUGAUUGGUCAAAAAAUUGCACGUAAAUGCAAUGGUUUGCCUCUUGCAGUGAAGACUUUAGGGAGUCUUUUGCGUGUCAAAGACAUUGAAGAGUGGCAUAAAAUGUUAACAAGUGAAAUUUGGGAGUUGAGCAAUGUCGAUGUGGAGCUUUUCAACCCACUGUUAUUCAGUUAUUAUGAUUUGACUUCUAUAGAAAGACGAUGUUUUUUGUAUUGUGCCAUCUUCCCAAGAGACCAUAAGUUUGACAGAGAUGAUUUGAUCCAACAGUGGAUAUCACAAGGUUUUUUCAAGACGAGGAAUAAUGAUCAACAAGAAUUGGAACAAAUAGGUCAAGCUUGUUUUCAAAACUUAGUUAUGCGAUCAUUUUUUCAAGAUUUUCAGUAUGAUUAUGAUGAAAGCGUUGCAGAAUGCAAGAUGCAUGAUAUAGUGCAUGGUUUUGCACAGUAUCUCACGAAAAAUGAAUACUCGAUUGAUUUAAUAUUCGAUCACACAAAGAGAAUUGACUUGAGUGUUCGCCAUCUCCACUUAAUAAAUGUUUCACCGGUGAUUCCAGCUUUCUCAAAUCUGAAGAAGAAGAAUUUGCACACUCUUAUAGUCAAGUGUGAUACAAAAUGCAUGGUUUUGAAAAAAUCAUCUACUUUCAUGUUCCCUCAUGAGCUCUUGGACUUGAGAUGUCUCCGGACAUUAAUUUUGAGGGGAGAAUCAAUGGAGUUGCCAUCAAAUAUUGGUGAUUUGACACAUUUGAGAUAUUUUAGCUUCUAUUCGGAUAUUAUCAUCAAUGUGCCUCCCACUAUUGGCAAUUUGUUUAAUUUGCAAACCUUAAAGUUUUUCUGUUUGAUUGUGGAACUUCCAAAAGAGGUUGGACAACUGAUUAACUUAAGACAUCUUCAUGUAAGUCAAGGGUGUAUACUAAGUUGGCCAAAAAAUAUCAGUAACUUGACAAGACUUCAGACGUUGGGGAAUGAGCGUUCGAAUUUGUACAGUAUCCAAAACAUGAUAGAGGUACGAGAUAUACAAAAUUUGAACAAUCUUCGUAAAAUUUGUUUGGAAGGCUUAGGCAGAGAAAAACAUAGGGAAGAGGCUAAAGAAGCUCAACUUCAGAAGAAAACAACUCUUGAACACUUGACCAUGUCUUUUAAUGGUGAUGAUACAAAGAAGGAAACUCAUGAGAUUGUUCUUGAAACUCUGGAACCCCAUAUCGACUUAAAGUCUUUGUAUAUUUUUUGUUACAGUGGUCAAUCCAUUUCCCCUAGCUGGAUGAUGUCGUUGAUUAAUCUAAGAAGCUUAGUCUUGACUCAAUGUCAUCACUAUGAAACAUUGCCUCCUUUGGGGAAACUCCCGUGCCUCAAAUUGCUUAACAUAAGCAAUUCCCAUGGUUUGAAGAAGAUGGGGCCUGAAUUUUUGGGAGUAAAAAUCAAUAAUGGUGGUGAAGAAUCGAAGAGCACAGAUAUAGAGUCAUUGUUUCCAAAACUGAAACAACUUGUAAUCUAUGAUGCAAAUUCGUUGAAGGAAUGGGUUGGAGUGUCAGGGUGGAAGAUGAAUGGCCCUUUGAAAAUAAUGCCUUCUCUUGAAACCUUGGAAGUCUCUUCAUGCACAAAUUUGGAAACGUUGCCUGACUUCCUUGAGUCAACUCCGCUAAAGAAGUUGAUAAUUUAUCGUUGUUGGAUUCUACAAAAUUUUUGCCAGAGGGAGACGGGCAAGUAUUGGCCCAAGAUUCGUCAUGUUCCAAAUAUUGAUGUUGGAAGAUUUCAUGUAAAUGAAUGAAGAGAAGUAUAACGGAAAGGGUUGGCUCAUGAUUGUCAAGUUCCAAAUUCAUAUUUCAAGGGGGAAAUGGAUGAUGCAUGCACCUGUAAGCAUGAUUGAAAAUGCCAUUGUUGCAAAUCUUUCAUAUGCAGAAGCAUGAGCAUGAAUGGUUUGACCAAGCUAAUCAAGAAGCUGAUGAGUGGAGGGCUAGGGAAAUUGCCAAGGGUAUUGGAAGAUGCAAGGUCGAGAAGAUGAAGGAGAUUGCAAAGCUGAAAGCAAAGAGAAAAGAAGGAAGCUAGAAUCUGAGCUGGAGCUGGCUGUAAGUGAUAGAGAAUGUGUGCUUAUCAUCCAUACAAUAUUAUUAUGAUACAGGACAUUUUCAUCCUGAGGAAGAUGACAAGUUUCUUGAGAGGGUUCAAGCUGAGGUUGAGGAAGACGAGUGCCAAGUGUGGAAUUGAUUCCUCCCAAAUCCCAACCUAACUUAACCGUGUCUGUUAAGUUAGUUACUGUCAUAACUAACUACCAUAUAUCAGCUACUUCAUUUGCUGCCUAUACAAGGACAAGUCUUCUUCUUCAUAUUUGAAUAAGAUCAAGAGAACCAAAGAGAGAAAGAGUGAGCUGAGAUCAGAGAAAGAGUUUAGGGUCCAAAGGGUUUUGUACAGAGUACACAGAUGCACGAUUGUGUAUGCUCAGGGGGUUGAGUGUUAGAGAGAUUCCACCAUUGUAAACCUGUGUUGAAGGACUCAUUCUCAAUUGUUGUAUACUCGAGCUACGGAUCGAUCAAUAAAGAAGAUAGUGUUCCAACUGGAUGUAGAGACAAAGAUCACAUUGAUCUUUGUUCUUGAACCAGUAUAAUUUCUCUUGUUUUGUCCUUUUAGUUUUCAGUUUGAUAAUUGUGUUCA